ACUCUUAUAUAUAAUAGGGAACUUGUAGGUUUUUGUUUACAGGUUUUUAAAUUUCAAUAAAAACCAGAACAUACCAAUUUUUUUAUUAUUGGACAUUUGAUGAAAUGCCACUUUUCCCAGCGUAUGAAUCACAGAAUGGCUCUCAGAAUGAAGGAGAAUCGUCUACAUCCGAAGGGUGGUUGAACUGUUCCAGUUUUCCAGAAAAUGCAGUGCAAGUUGUCCAAGAAAAACAGGCCAAAGAAGAUCGAAAAAGGAAACGAGACGAAGAUGAAAAAACUCAACCGGAUAAUCGAGUUGGCUUGUAUUAUGAAGAUUCAGAGCCAAAGGCCAAGACUCCUGCUCCUGCAGUACCUCAAAUUCAGCUUACAAGACCGGUCAUUCAAAGACAAGCGACACAAGUCAAAAAGAAGAAAAGGAAAAAGAAAAAAGACAAGCUCAAUGACAGAUAUUUCGACAAAAAAGAAUCUGUAGAAGAGGAAAGAGAAGAAGUAAUGAGUAUCGAAGAAUUCACCCAAAAAACAGCCGAGUUUAAUCAGUUAUUGAGAAAUGAUCCGAACAAUGUUGAAAAUUGGUUGAAUUAUGUCAAAUUUCAGGAUCAAGGAAUAGGUCACAGGAGGGCGAAAACAGAAAAGAAAUUAUCUAUUUUAGACAAAGCUCUCAAAGAAAAUCCACAGAGUGAAGAACUUUUAGAGCAUAGGAUGUCUUUAAUGGAAAUAAUCUACACCUAUGACAAAUUGAACACCGAAGCUAAGCAGAUAAUUAGUAAAUAUCCUUCAUCGCGAAUCGGCUGGAAAUGGUUGGUCUCUUCUGUGCUUUUCAACCUUUCAAAAAUGACUGCCCCAAGUGUGCUGGACACUUAUGCAGCGGUAUUACAAAGGGUGCACAACCAGCCAUCAGAAUUCAUUUUAGAGAUCCUUUUCGAGUGUGGCAUUUUUUUACGCCAAGCCGGAUUGUGGGAACAACUUUGGACUCUCGUUCAGAUUUACUUGGAGAUGAAUUUUACGGUUGCUGGUUCUGGGGCGUUCAAGUUGGAUGUUGAAAUACCAGACAUAGAAAUAAGGGAAAUUGAGGACAAAGUAAUAACAUCAGGAUUGACUCUGACAGAACUCUGGCUAAGAGUUGAACAUAUGAGAAGUGGUGUUUAUUUUUUACCCGUGACGGAUAAAGAUAAUUUAAGUGAAGAUCCACAGAGGACUGUUUUACAGGAAGAUCUCUCACAUCUUCUUUACCCUUUGAGCAUUGAAUCUAGGCCUAAAUUAGCUAUGAUUGUGUUAUUACUUCUAAAGGUACCACUUCUUCCUUGCACUGAUUCAUUUUAUGAAUUUAUAGGAUUAAAAAAAAUCACCUGGUGUUUAGAAAGUCCUGAACUGUUAUUUUCAGUUGUUAGUUCUCCGUAUGGGAUAGUACAAAAUGGAGAAGAAGGAUUUCAUUUGAAUACGUUAAAAGAUUUAUUAGUGAAUCCGCAAUAUUUAGCUGAUAAAACUGGAAAUGAACAGUUUUUAGAAGCAAUCGAUAAAAUGUUUCUUAACAUUUUAAAAUUUUGCAAUGACGAUUUGAUGCCCAUUCUUGUCAUUCAGAUAAGAUGGUGGCGGUUGCUCGUAAAAUUGAAAAAAAUAAGUGGGAAAUCUUAUAAAUCAAGAGCGAAACAAUUUCUGAAGCAGUACAGAGACUUUUUACCACUGUAUGCGGAGUACGCCCUCCUUGAAGAAUUGGACAAUUUCAAUUCAGCACAAAGGAUUCUUGAAACAGCUAUUGAACUCAAGGACUCGCCCCAGAAUGUCGGUUCAGUUGAUAAAUCGCAUCUUUGUGCUAUUUACAGAAUUUAUAUUGAAAUGAUGCUUAGAAAAGAUUUUGAAUUAAAUAAAGAAAAGGUAUUUAAAUCCCUAGUGGCACUCUCCUUCGGGGAAAAGUUAAAAAAUAUUACAACUGUUUCUGAACAACUUAUUUCAAAAGCUUUGGAAAGGUUUUCUCAUGUCACAACUGAGCUGAUCAUGGAGGCAAUCAAUGAAACAGAAACAGAGUUGACUUUAAAUGAUCUUGUGUGUGAACCUUACCUUGUUUCUUGGAUUUCUUGUCAAGCAUGGCUCUCGUACAUUGCUACAGGGUCUUCCAAUGUGAAAAUAAUUUUUAAUAAAGCGUUAGAGAGCCUUGAAGCGGGUGUUGAUUCUCCCAGGUUGAGGUAUAUCAUUGAAGGGGUUUAUGAAAUUUAUAUAGACAUCCUUCACCAUUCCUACUCUAAAAAUGUUACUGAAUAUUCAUUAUUAUGUGAUAUUUUAUCAAAAGCGAUUGAGAAGUUUCCAAACAAUGCAAAGUUUCUACAUAUUCUAGCUUCGAUAAAGGUGAAAGGUAUGAAAUGGAGAAAAAUGCUUGUAUCUACAGGGUCCUGUCUUUCAGCCAUCUAUUCAUUUUUAAUUUUACACUCACAUCAUCAGACAGAUGAUACAAACACAAUUUCUAAACAAGCCAUGUACAACCAAAUGAAAUCACAGUUGACAAAAAUUGUCGAAUUAAAAAAUUUUGAAAGAUGUCCCAUUUUAUGGAGGCUUGUAUUGCAGUGUUCUUCACCGCUACCUCCACCAGAAUUGAAAAAAGUUUAUUACCAUGCCUUAGAGAAAUGCCCUUGGGUCAAGAUUCUUUAUUAUGAAGCGGGUAAAAUAUUACCGCAGGAUUUACCAGAAAUACAAGAUUUGCUCGUAGAAAAAGAGCUUAGGCUUCAUAUUACACCCGAAGAGCUGGAAAUACUGCGAGAAGAUGGCAUGCCAAUGAAAACAGAUGAAGAAAGCACAUAAAAAAUGUUUAAAAUUAAAAUUUAAAAAACAUACAAACAUUGUAAAAAUUUAAACAAAUAUAAUUUUUAUUUUUAUCUCCUUUUAGUUUCAACAUAAUAUACAUCUUCAAUUCACUAGUUUCGU